CGGUGACCUGGUUUAAAGCAAGCAAGCUGCGAGCCAGGCCAACGAGAUCACGCCCGUUUAGCUCCAUCAAUGGGUCCCCAUCGGAAUUUUCCGGAAAAAACAAACCCCACAUUUUUACCCUUUGUUGGCUGUUGCAUGUGCCCUGCUUGAUGAUCGCGCAAUUUUGCUAUUACAUUUGCAAAUUCCACUAUUUGCCACCUUCUGUCAAAUCUGAUUUUCUACCCAUGAAUCGGCCCGGAACUCGUAUAUCUAUCCAUAAUAAGUGUCGUAUAUCCUGAUACUAGUUGUAGCCUUAUAGGGUAUUAGGGGAUUCGAUUCCGAUUGGAGUUGUUGUGAAUUAACCGGCAUGAGCUGAAGCUCAAUUCAGAGUCUCUGUUAGCUGGGGGGAGGUUUUGUUUUGAAGAGUAGACAAGAAGUAACAGAAAUGGAGAAAUACGAGCUAGUUAAGGAUAUAGGCUCUGGGAAUUUUGGCGUGGCGAGGCUCAUGAGGAACAAGGAGACGAAGGAGCUUGUGGCCAUGAAGUACAUAGAAAGAGGGCAUAAGAUUGAUGAGAAUGUAGCAAGGGAGAUCAUAAAUCAUAGAUCACUUCGACACCCAAACAUAAUUAGAUUCAAGGAGGUUGUAUUGACACCUACUCAUCUUGCUAUCGUCAUGGAAUAUGCUGCAGGUGGAGAGCUCUUUGAACGGAUCUGCAACGCAGGAAGGUUCAGUGAAGAUGAGGCUAGGUACUUCUUCCAGCAGCUUAUUUCAGGAGUCAGCUACUGUCACUCUCUGCAAAUAUGUCAUAGAGAUCUAAAGCUAGAGAAUACCCUACUCGAUGGAAGUCCAGCACCACGCCUGAAAAUUUGUGAUUUUGGCUACUCAAAGUCAUCUCUGCUGCAUUCAAGGCCAAAAUCCACUGUUGGUACCCCAGCAUAUAUUGCUCCAGAGGUCCUAUUGCGUAGAGAGUAUGAUGGCAAGCUGGCUGAUGUAUGGUCUUGUGGAGUGACACUUUAUGUGAUGCUGGUCGGGGCCUACCCUUUUGAAGACCAGGAAGAUCCCAAGAAUUUCAGGAAAACUAUUCAACGCAUAAUGGCUGUGAAGUACAAGGUUCCUGACUAUGUCCACGUAUCUCAAGAUUGUAGGCACCUUCUCUCCAGAAUAUUUGUUCCAAUUCCAUCAAGGAGGAUUUCACUUAAAGAAAUAAAGUCACACCCCUGGUUUCUGAAGAAUCUACCAAGGGAAUUAACAGAAGUGGCCCAAGCAGCGUAUUACAGGAGAGAAAACCCGACCUUUUCCCUUCAAAGCGUGGAGGAGAUAAUGAAAAUAGUGGAAGAAGCUAAGAGCCCUCCCCCUGCUUCCCGUUCCAUUGGGGGUUUUGGAUGGGGAGAUGGUGAGGAAGUUGAAGAAGAAGAAGAAGACAAUGAAGAGGAUCCAGAGGGAGAAGAGGACGAGUAUGACAGGCAAGUGAAACAGGCACAUGAAAGUGGAGAAGUUCCUCCAGUUUCCUGAGAUAGAUCUGCUUCCGUCAGUUCGUGUACUCUUUCUUUCAUUUGUAGGCGUGAAGCUUAAUAAAAAUGUAAAUUUAUAGUUUGUUUAUUGACUAAAAAGGCUCAUGAGACAGUCCCAGCCACCUAUGGAGUUUAUAGAGGAGUGAAACUGUGGUGAUGAGAGUUUUUAUCUACUUUGGUGGUGCUGUGUUUGCUUGUGCAUUGAGUUUAUGUAUAAUACAUAUUAGUCCUGUGUCAAUCUGGUCAACAAGUAGGUGCUUUGAGUUUAACUCUGAAGUCUAAACUAUUUGAAUGUAUG